AUGCAGGGAAGCAUGAGGCUGUGGAUGUCAGUGCUGACUAUAGGUCUAUCCUUGCUGAUCUGCUUGGGAACAUUUGCAGAAGCUUACCCUUCAAAACCAGACAACCCUGGAGAGGAUGCACCGGCAGAAGACAUGGCCAAAUACUACUCAGCACUGAGGCAUUAUAUAAACCUUAUAACAAGGCAAAGAUAUGGGAAGAGAUCAAAUCCUGAAGCAAUGCUGUCAGAUGUUUGGUGGAGAGAAAGCACAGAAAACAUCCCACGAUCUCGGUAA